AUGGAUCAAUCUCCAGAUUAUAAAGAACUCUACCAACAAUCAAAAAAAGAGCGAGCAAGGGAGCGAGCAGAGGCCGAACGAGAGCGAGCAGAGAUCGAGACCGAACGGGACCUGUUAAGAAACGAUUCACAACCUAUGACAUUUAUUGACUUUAUCGAGAAUUCUCAAGUAUACAUAUCCGAGCUGCUACAAAUCGGAACGAACAUAGUCCGAUCCACGGGAGGCUCGUUGACAAGUCCGAAAGGUCGUUUAUGCCCGACCUAUUUACGACCGUGGGAAGGCUUCCACCAGCGACAGACUGAGAUCUACGAAACCGUGUUCCAGCUGCUGGAAUCGCUCCCCAAUCCUCGUUUAUUCUCCUCUAGAUCCGCUAUCAGGGAACUAGGCCGGCGCCUGUGCCGCCGUCCCUAUGGAAACGAAGAAGCUUUACGAGGCUACCAGCAUUUCGGAGUGGAGGACCUUGCCAGGGAGAUAAUUGAUGUUUUACGGUCCUGUUCUGAAAUAUUCCCCCUCGGUGAGGGAAUUGAGUUCGAAAACCAUGCGAAUGUUCUUAAUGACGAUGAAACCAACUCCGCGAAGGAUCGAGGACGAAAGCGCUCUAUUCCCGAUCAGUUCUGUGUCUUCCGAAAAGACGAAGUUCGGAGCCUGCUUUUUACCAUAGAAUAUAAAGAUGGCAGAAAGUUAAGCGAUAGAUAUCUCCGGGCAGGCCUUCGACGGAUGGAAUUUUGGAAGGAAGUUGUUCAGCGCGUGACUAUUCCAUUGGAGGAUGAUAAAAGACUGUCAUAUCAUGCGGAGCUGUUGACAGGGUCUGGAAUCGUUCAUGCCUAUGAUGACAUGAUGAAUAGCGGCUCGGCCUUUGGUUGUCUGACAACGGGCAGCUGUCAGGUUUUUCUACAUGUGCCGGAAGAUCAGCCAGACACAUUGGAGUAUUACUUGGCGGAGCCCAACCGGGACGUGGAAGCGAUGCGAGAGCAGGGGGACGAUGAAUGGAUGUAUACACCGGUCACCGCUGUAGGGCGUCUUCUCACCCUGUGCCUGAUGAGCACACAAUCACCGAAUCGAAGCCAACGCUGGCGGAGCGAAGUCAUUCCAAAUCUCCAUAAGUGGGAAGUCGACUUUGAGGAUAUACUGAACCAACUAUCGGAUGACGAGCUGCACUCUAGUCCCCUUGGAUCCGAAUAUCUACCGUCAUCUCCACUAGCUCCCUCUAACAGAAAGCUUCGCAAGCGCAUCGGCUGUCGACCGGAGGAAAAUCAAGUCUCCUGCCCUGACGAUUCCGAUUCAGAAGACUCCCCGCAACACCACGAAUCUACUGCGCGAAAACGUGCCUUGACCUUCUCCUCUUCCCCCCCGCAACGCCAACAUCGAUCCGGCCAGAAGUAUAAACGAACCAAUCAGUCUACGCAAGAAUCUAUGGAUUUUUGCACUCAGCACUGUCUACUGUCGUUGAAGAAUCGGGGCUUGCUGGAUGAAAACUGCCCAAAUGUCGAUCGUCAUCGAAAAGCAUGUAACAAAUAUCACCAAAUCUGCCUUUCAAGAUUUCUAUAUCUACUCAAGCAGCAGCUUGAUAACGAUCUAGACCACUACUGCGCCCCGUGUGGACAAUCAGGGACUCACGCGGUGCCUUUCAAGAUAACUCUGAUGCCGUAUGGCUAUACGAUUCUGGGGAAAGGAACUACUGAUUCCCUGUGGCCUGCCGUUCGGCGAGAGGAAGAUAUUUAUCAGGUGCUCGGAUCACCCACUUUCUCAUUCUAUCUUGGGGUGGCUGUGAGUUUGAUCUACUCUGCUGCGACAAGCAACGGUGGAGUGAGUAUCAGCGAACAGAAAAGGAGAUUCGACAUUUAG